UUAAUUGAUAGUUUUUAAGAAUGCUGCUUCCAACCAUUGAAGUGUAACAUUAAGGUAUCAUGCAAUAAGAAGCAAUUGAAAUUGAUGACGAAGAAUUACAAUAACGAAGAUUACAGAUAGCAACUGCACAUAUAUAGGUGUAAAACAGCCAUGAGGUCAUUUGCAGACAGAAUUCAGAAAUAUGGAAGGGGUGUAGGGCAGUAAUUGAAUGUAGUUCAGAUACAGAUAACAUUAACUAUGUGAUAAUUAUAAAAGUUUUGGUGUGUUAACGUAAGAUUCGAGUCAGUUUAAAAAAAGAUUUAGAGCAAUGAGGGGAUAAUUAUCUACAAUUAGAAAUUGAAGGGUCACAUAAUAAUUAAACAAGAUUUGAAAAGUUGACAUAGCAAGUCAUUGGUGAUGGAUAAGUACCCGUAUAUCAGCUGAAGUUAUUUGGAUAUUUGUUGAUUACUGUUGCUCAGGGUAAGUUUAUGAAUGGUUCUUUUACCUUUGACGGAUGGUUCAAAGUGCCACUAUUGCGAUAUUUGCGCUAAUAUAUUAAGUAUUUUUUAUCAUGUAACCCAUGUUGAAUUUUGUCCUGUUUGACUCAACAUUUUUAGGUUUUGUUAUAACAUUAUUUGAAAACUGAAGUCAACCAUCUUCAUUGACAGUCAGUCUAUUUUCAAUAUGCAUAUCUUAUGUAGAAAAUCCUGUUAACUAGUGAAUAUUAUUUAUAUUGUAUUGUUUUUUUAAUUUGUGCUUACAGAAUAACGAAACAUCAGAGCUGGAAAAUAAACCUGAAAACAAGAAUAUGUGUAAACGUGGUUGUGGCUUCUAUGGAAGUGUUCGGUUUAAAGAUAUGUGUUCCAAAUGUUAUCAGGAGCAUAUUAAAUGUGAUUCUACCUUGGAGCAAGCUACACUUGUUCAUUCCACUUCAAUUGAUAGACCGGAUAAUCGAAAGUCACAGCUCUUAGAUUGCUGUGAACACUCUCCCAAAGAUUCCACUUCAAAUCAAUCAGAUCCUACUACAUCUUCCCAAUUAUCUCGUACACUUAAACGAAAGGCAAAUCCCUCAGACUCUGCAGAAACUUCCAAAGCCGACUUGUCAGCUUCCCGUCCCGUUCUUGGCGUCAAUCGUUGCACUUGGUGUCGCAAGCGUGUUGGAUUGACAGGUUUCGCUUGCCGCUGCGAUGGACUGUUCUGCUCAUUACAUCGAUAUUCCGAUCAACACGAGUGUGCUUAUGAUUAUCAAGCAAAUGGUCGUCUUGAACUAGCUCGCGCCAAUCCAGAAGUGCGUUGUCCUAAAAUUCGAAAACUGUAA